CCUGAAGCCACUUUUUCGCCCACUUGUCAGAGUUCACAAGCUCGCCAGUGUUCCAUUCGCCGCCGUCGUAGCAGUUUCACCUCUUGGCAGCGAACUGCGGACGCCGCGCCUUCACAUCUCUCGGUACUGUCCGAUUAAUCUCACGGCGCCACUCGCGCAGAUUCACAGUCAAAAUGCAGCUAUAUUGGGAAAAGUGUAGAUGACAAGGUUGGUGAAGAGUUUUUAUGGAUGCAGAACCAGACGACAUUACCGGGCUGUUCCCAAUCCGGCCUCCAAAGAAUUUGAAAUCAUCCAGUUUUGCAAUUCAGGCCAUAUCUCCAAAGCCCUUAAGCUCCUCAACUCUCUGGACCUGACAGACAUCAUAAAUGUGAAACCAGUCCUGUAUGCUACCCUUGUACAAGGGUGUGUGAAAACUGGCUCUUUCAAAGCUGGUCUCCAGUUGCAGGCCCGUGUGAUCAAGGCAGGCCUUGACACUGACCGGUUUGUUGGCAACAACCUCCUUUCUCUCUAUUUCAAGCUUGGAAGAAAUUUCUCUGAAACCAGACGCCUUUUUGAUGGGUUAGUCUACAAGGAUGUUGUUUCUUGGUCAUCAAUCAUAUCAGGUUAUGUUAGGGCAGGCAAGCCUCACCUUUCGCUUGUGUUGUAUGAGGAAAUGGUGGAUUUUGGGGUUGAGCCAAAUGCAUUUACUUUAUCUACUUCGAUCAAGGCUUGUUCGGAGCUCCGGGAGUUGAGACUUGGGCAGUGCUUCCAUGGGGCUGUGAUUACACGUGGCUUUUAUGAUAAUUCUGUUAUAUUUAGUGGAUUGAUUGAUAUGUAUGGGAAGAAUUACAAACCGGGUGAUGCACUGAAGUUGUUCGAUGAAAUUCCCAUUCUUGAUGAUAUUUGUUGGACCUCAAUGAUUUCAGCCCUUACUAAAAAUGAUUUGUUUAGGGAAGCUUUAGAAAUCUUCCACUCAGAGCACAGGAAACAGAAGCUGCUUCCAGGUACCCAUACAUUUGGAAGUGUUUUGACUGCUGUGGGAAAUUUAGGUAUGUUGAAAGAAGGAAAACAAGUGCACGCAAAGGUUCUUGCUCAUGGGAUGUGUGGCGAUGUGUAUGUUAAUAGCUGUUUAGUGGAUAUGUAUGCCAAAUGUGGGCUUAUGAACGAGUCUCGCCGGGUUUUUGACAGCAUGGAUAAGAGGAAUUCAGUUUCUUGGUGUGCCUUGCUAACCGGGUAUUGCCACCAAGGUGAGUAUGAUAAAGUUAUUGACUUAUUUAAGAUGAUGGAUGAGGUUGAACUUCAUGCUUUUGGAACUGUAAUCCGUGCCUGUUCAGGAUUGGCUGCCUUGAAACUAGGGAAGGAAGUUCAUUGCCAGUUCUUAAGGCGAGGUGGAUUCAUGGACAUUGUAGUCGAAUCUGCACUAGUUGAUCUUUAUGCAAAAUGUGGAUGUUUUGGUGCUGCACAUAACGUAUUCACAAGAAUGGAUGUUAGGAAUGUGGUUUCUUGGAACUCCAUGAUAUCUGGGUUUGCACAGAAUGGCAGAGGAGAGGAAGCUAUUAAAACUUUUAACAAUAUGAUUGGGGAAGGGUUCAAGCCCGAUUAUAUCACUUUCGUUUCUGUUCUUACUGCUUGUAGUCAUAGUGGAUUUGUGGACAUGGGACGCAAGUAUUUCUGUUCUAUGAUGAAUGAUUAUGGGAUUAAAGCCAGGCUUGAGCAUUAUGGCUGCAUGAUUGAUCUUCUAUGUCGUGCCGGGGAACUAGAAGAAGCAGAGUGUUUGAUUAACAGGUCAGAGUUCAAAAGUGAUCCAUCUCUUUGGAUUUGCCUGCUUGGAGCUUGUAGCAGCACUACAGAUCCAAUUGUCGCUGAGAGAAUAUCAAAGAGAACAAUUGAAUUGAAGCCCGAUUACCAUAUGAGUUAUGUGUAUCUGGGUAAUGUGUACAAAGCAACUGGACGGUGGGACGAUGCUCUCAAGAUUCGGCGUAAGAUGCAACAGAAAAGGGUGAUAAAGAUUCCUGGAAAGAGUUGGGUUGAGUCUAACGAAAACCUAGGCCACUUCCCUUACUAUCGUUCAGAGCAAAAUAACCCAGAACUUCUAAACUCAAAGGCCUAGAACCGCUCUGGCAAGGAGCAAGCAAACAGUGCAUGGGAAGAAUCUUAGCAUUUUGAAGCCAGAUCCUCAACAAUCAGCAGAACAGUGGAAAAUGAAUGCCACCAAAGUGUGAGUUUCCAUUCAACAAUGUACCAAUGGAUGUAGAGUUUCAGUUAAACUAAGCUUGGAAAGCGAAAAAUGGUAGUGGAAGGAGAAAAUAUCAUACCAAGGGAAAAAGUGGGGAGAUGGAGACCGAAAAGGAGCAAGAGUGAUGUGAUUAGGCAAGAUUUGAGACUUUGACAGCUAACCGAGGACUUGAUCUGAAAUAUGGCCAUUUGGAGGGGUUGGAUUUUGCAAGACCUUACAAGAUAAUGCCAACAAAAAAUGCUGCACAUUGGUAUUCAGGCAGACAGAUAGAGAAGAAACCGUUCGAAGCAAAAUAUAAUGAGUGAUGGUUUCUUCCUGGCUAGUUCAAAUUUCUCUAAAAGGAAGCAAUCUAGGAGAUCAUUCGAGUUGGAUCUUGCCGUUUCAUCCAAUGUUGAGUUGUAGACAAUGGAAGAGGAUGAAGGUGCAAAUGGUUUCUUAGUUUGUGACUC